AUUAGUAUUGGAGGCAAGAGUCGCAUAUACCGAACGGACUCGCGACGAAUUUGAUUUCCCCGUAACCUCAAGCUUCACACGUUAUCUUCGCAAUGGCCGCCGAAAGAACCAACGUCUCCAGCGAUCUCGUCUGGCAGAUUACCCGCAACCAGAAUGCUUUCUUGGUCAAGCGUAACAGCGGUGGUGGUUCUCAAUUCUCCCGUGACCCCUUGAACGUGCAGAACAAGCAAUCUUUCAAGUACGCCGGCUAUGCCAACAACAAGGCCAUUGGUGUCCAGGCCACUGAGAACGGCGGUGUUGUCGUCCUCACCAAGAAAUCCAACCCCCAGCAGCCCGCGAAGAACAUCGUCACCGUGAGCUACGGUCCUAGCGCUUCCACUCGCAAGAUCUUCAAGGGUGUUGCCGACAAAACCGCUAAGAACGGCUACCGUGCCGAUCUGCGUGAAGCCGCCGUCGCCCGUGUGAGUGCCAUCCGCCGCUCCCAGAAGCCCAAGAAGGAGUCUCCUCCUCAGAAGCUCCGUGGUGUGCAGGCCAAGAAGGCCGCGGAAAAGGACCAGGAGUAAGUAACAACAGUAGCAAGAGAGAUUCUAGGGUUGGAGUUCGCCGAAGACGACGCAUCAACCAUAGCAGGGCUGUGUCAGCCCAAAGGCGGAAGUACUCUUAGUCAUGCUGCGUGAUAUUGCUACCAUGAGGACCACCACCGGCCAUGUGAGAUAAAAUAAUCCUCUAAAUGAAAAAG